AUGAAACUGGAAUUGUUUAUUGCUAUUCACAUGGAUUAUAGAAUGUGGGCUUUUAGUAUUGCUUAAAUUUAUCAGUUUGCCUGAAACUCUGUUGAUUCCAGCUGAAUAGGGUCUCUGUUAACAGGAUUUUAUACAGUGUAACAAAACUUUCCUGUUCUGAGUAUAGACAGGAACUUCCCUUUGAAAAGGUCCAGAGUAAAUUGAAAACUGGUCAGUAUGGUUCAAAGAUCCUAGGAACUGAGGCUUGGGCAUUCAAUGCAGGAAACAGACUGCAGGGAGAAAGAAAAUAUGCAGAAUCUGUGUGUUACAAAUGGGAGUACAGAGCAGUGCUGUGGGGAGCACAGACGGAGACUGGAGUUGUUCUGCCAGGAGGAUGAGGCCUUUAUCUGUGUCCUGUGUGUUCCCAGGCAUUCAUGUCACAGUUUUGUGUUCUUGCAUGAGGCCGUCAGUGUGUAUAAGGACAAGCUAAAAACAUCGUUAUCAUCCCUGGAACUAAAAGUCAGAGAUCUUAAAGAUUUACAAACCAAGAAUUUGACUGAAUUCCUGACGAUACAAAAACGUGCUGUUAAUUUGGAAAAAUACAUCGCAGAAGAAUUUGUAAAACUGCACCAGUUUCUCCAUGACAAGGAGCAAAAACUCAUUCAACAGCUUAACAGCAAAGCAUCAGAAAUUCUGAGAGAGAUAGAAGAAAAUCUUGAAUGCAUUAAAACUGGCAUUACAGAAAUUCACUCGGCAGCAGUGUAUGAUACUAACUUUGAAAUCAAAACAGAAGUAGAGGUUCUGGAAGUUCUGGAAGAGAGAAAUGAUGACACAGACGAUCUGACAACCACUGAGGAAUCAGUGUCAGGUGACACCUCAGAACAUGGAAAACACAAAGCUAAUGGAGUUCUAUCAGCUCCAGAAUCCUUUGAGGAUGUUGCUGUUACUUUCUCAGCAGAGGAGAUGAAGAUGUUAACAAAACAGGACAAGGAGCUUCAUAAAGAAGUGAUGUUAGAGAACUAUGAAGCCUUAGUUUCAGCAGGUUACAAGAUCCCCCGAGAGGCAUUGUUAGGGCUACUUAAAGAAGAUAAUCCUGAACUGGCAGUGAAUGACAAGGAGGGGAUAAACAGAACAGAACAAAAGAAUAAUUUUAAAGAAAAGCCUGACAGCAAUGGGAGCAGAGAAUGGAGCAUUUCCUGGAGUCAGCAGCCAUCACUAGGAGUAUCUGUUUCAUGUUAUCCUACAGCGUACCUGCAGCACUCUGUUCAAACUCUUAAGGGCUCCGACAAGCAUCCUGUUAUACCUGUAGCACAGCUUCAUCCAGGAUACACUUGCAACAUGAACUCUGAAUGUGACCCAAGUUCUAUAGUACAGCAAAGUCCAUUAGUACACCAGAGAGCUAACAAAGAAAACAAAACAUAUAAAUGUCCUGAAUGCAAUAAGUGUUUCAGACGAAGGGGGAUUCUAGUAAUACAUGAAAGGACUCACAUGGCAGAGAAACCAUAUAAAUGUGCUGAAUGCAGUAAGGGUUUCAGACAAGGGGAAGUCUGUAAUACAAUUGAAAGAUCAGAUUCAGGUGAAACAUAA